AUGACCGCGGUCGGAUCGGGUCAAGGCCGUGCCCAUUUCGCCGUUCCAAAUAUCAGCAACGACGAGCUGACGUCGUUCUUUGAGUCGCACUUCUCUGACGCAGCUUUGCAAGGGUUCAAAAGCGACUUUUUCAGCCCAGAGAAGCAUGCAGGCGAUGAAAACGCUGCCUACGACGACGAAGAGUACUACGAAGAAGAUGACGGACUUGGGUACUACCCGGAUGGCGUCAAGCGCACGCUCACCGAUGAGCAAAUUGCCAUGUUCCGCCACUCUGAAAUUGAAGCUCUAAGAAAAGAGAAGGAAAAGACCGAAGAGCGUCGUUCUGCAGCCUCGCAAGCAGAUCUUGAAGCUGGCGAGGUCGGCGACAAUGACAGCGCCAAGGAAGCCGCGACAGCUCAACCACCCAAACCAAAGAACAAGAAGAAGCGAAAAGCAGGCAAGAACAAGAACCACGAACCCAAGCCCGACCUACGAAAAAGAACUUGGGACGUUGUCGAAGCCGGUCUCGACUCUCUUGACUACGACUGA